AUGCCGGAAGACACCACCACAGUCACCACGAGACCAACAAAUGACACCCCCACCACGGAACACACAAACAAUGAAUUAUUGCCUGAAGAAAGAAUGAUCAACCAAUCUCUAAGCUUUGCCAACAGUACAAUCUCGGAUGGUUCCUCCUCCACAGCGUCCACGAACCAGGAUCGGAACAGCAGCAGACUGUCACACAUUCCCGGGGCCGUAGCCAACCUGUGUUCCGCCACCUUGGGUGCUGGAAUAUUAGCCUUGCCCUAUGCUUUGUAUCAGGCUGGUCUGAUAUGCGGGAGCAUUCUGCUUGUUUCGAGUGCCUGGGCCACCAUUGCUUCCAUUCAAGUCUUGGUGACUGCCUGUGACAAGUACAAAAUGGCAACCUACGAAAGCAUUGUUGAAGAACUAUUGGGAAAACGAACUAGAAAAUUAGUGGAGAUUUCCAUUCUGCUGUUUUGUGUAGGAACGGCAGUUGGUUAUGUGAUUGCCGUCGGAGAUGUGGUGGAACGAGUCGUUGAAAUGUCGCCAGGCCAAAAGAGAAUGGCCAUGUCAUUUGUUUGGCUCUGCGCCAUGUUGCCUCUCUCUUGUUUGAGACGUAUGCAAAGUCUGCAAUGUGCUAGUGGAGUUGGAAUUGCUAGCAUUGUGACGCUGUUGUUGGCAGCUACUGUCCACCUGAUUCAACAUUCUCAUGAUGAUACAACUACUACCGGUGGUGCACAGACAUAUGAUCUUGACGCAUCUGCAUCCUUCACACUGGAAGACUUUCUCAAACCAGCCGAGGGUGGUUGGUUGGCAGUACUUCGGGCCUGUCCGAUUGUAUUCUUUGCCUUUUCCUGUCAGGUCAAUGUUUGUCAGAUUUAUGAUGAAUUGCCGAAUGUGGGCGGUGGUCCCGAGGCCAAAGUCCGAACAAUGAAAUGGGUGACUUGGCUAGCGGUUGGCUUGUGCGGAGUCUUGUACACGAGUAUUUCACUGGUAUCCUUGAUGGACUUUGGAGAAAGCGUCAUGCCAAACAUGCUGUCAUGUUACACUCUGACCAGCAAAGAAACACUACUUCAUAUUGCCUUUUUGGCUAUGGCCUUGGCCAUUGUCAUGGCAUUCCCACUUAACAUUUUCCCAGCUCGGGUCAGUGUCACACAAAUGAUUGGCAAGCACCCAUGCAAUAGUAUUGCGGUGGAUGAUCAAGAGUGCCAACAAUUACUACAAGCCGAAGAAGCUUGCAGCAUUACACGAUACACUGAAUUGGAACAAGCCAAUCAAGACAGCGCACAACCACAAUUGCUACCGCAAGAAUCCUCCAUGACGAACGAGAAUGCAGAGAGUCUAUACUCGGAGGAAGAAGUUGAAGACUUUCAAGCUGGUCAACACGCUGUGAUUACACUACUGUUGGCAGGGUUGGCCUUGGGUCUUGCUCUAGUGAUUCCAGAUAUCUCUGUGGUGUUCGGAUUGUUAGGUGGAACUACCAGUGCUUUGUUGGGGUUUGUCAUUCCAGGUUUGAUGGGAUUGACGAUGGACCAAACCGAUAUUACCUCGUGGGUCCUCGUGAUUGCGGGAUCCAUUAUUGGACUCUUGACCACGGGAGUUACCAUCUACUCUACGUUUCAAUCUUAG